GAGCUGGGAGGGAGGAGGCUCGGCACGAGAAGACUAGUGUGGAAAGAAGGAGUGAGAAUCUGCGGAGAAAGGAGGGGCUGACUAGGGGAAGGGCUGUAGCUGGCAGCCAGCGGGGUGGCUGGCUGCGGCAGGCGCCGGGGAGGAAAUCACUGAAAUCCUUGCUAACAGUCCGGCCGCUGGCUAGGCGCUCGGCUCCUGCGCAUUCCGGGUCCCCCCGGCCUCCGCCGAGCUCCAGGGCCAUGCGCCCCCCGCCACCGCGCCAGCCCCCGCCGCCUGCGGCCGGGGCGCGGAGCUCGGUGAGCUUGCAGCGAUCGUUUCUGCGGAGUCCGCUGGGCGUGCUGCGACUGCUGCAGCUGCUGGCCGGAGCCGCCUUCUGGAUCACCAUCGCCUCGAGCAAGUACCAGGGCCCGGUGCAUUUCGCCCUCUUCGUCUCCGUGUUCUUCUGGCUGCUGACUGCUGGCCUCUACUUCACCACCCUGCUGGGCAAGCACGAGUUGGUGCCGCUGCUGGGCCCUCGCUGGCUGCUCACCAACGUGGUCCACGACCUGCUGGCGGCCGGCCUGUACGUGGCGGCCUCGGGCAUCAUGAUCGACCAGACGCAGCGGCACAGCUACUGCAACCUUAAGCACUACCCGCUGCCCUGCGCCUACAACGCUUUCCUCGCCGCCUCAGUCUGCGGCUGCUUCUGCCUCUCGCUCUACCUUCUCUCGGCGCUCUACGGCUCCUGCCGCCGCUGCCGGGGCCACCAGGACUUAGCGUGAGGCCGGCCCCGGCCGCCGGGGCGGGAGGGGGAAGGGAAACAGAACAGCCUCCCACCCCACCGCCCUUCCUCGCUAGAUCCCUUCCUCUCCCUUCUGCACAGCCUUACUCUUCAGCUAUCCGCCCUCCCAGUCCUCCAGCCCUCUUCUGAGGGUUAAUCUGCCCGGACGUCCCACGCUUUCCCUCUCACCCCUCACCCCUCCAUUGCCCGCAAGACCCAGCCUGGACCGAGGCGCAAGGAGAUGGACAAACUGUUGCACACACAGACACUCAGACAGUGGACCAGGGAGCAGAUGCCCCUGACAGUCUCCAAGACGCAGAGAGAGAAAUUGAAAGCUUGGGAGCAAUCCUCUGACAGAUUACAAGACUGGACGGCUGCAAACUGUGAAAGACAGGUACAGACAGACAGACUGGAAGACUCACAGAGGGCCGGCUUGCCCAUGAAACCCUCUUUGCCACUCCCACAGCUAAUCUCUCCCCUCCCUACAUCUAAACGUGGACAGAGACGCCCGCGUGGAUCCGGGGAAAGCUCUUCAAUCGAAGCCUGUUCUGUAGCUGUUUCUUAACCCCUCCUUUCCUUCUCCGGGAGGAGCACAGCCCUUUCCUCUGGCCCCUCUUCCAGCCGCUACUCCCUUCGGGCCAGGCGGCAGGCUGUCAGCCAGCCAGCCAGCCAGUUACUUGGCUGCAAGCGGAAUAAAUGAGGAGCCAGGAAGGCUAUGGGCUGGGGCUCCAAGGACAAGUUUAGCCCAGGGCAGGGCCACUCCUUUUGCAUCCUAGAGCUGUAGUCACCCUCUCUGAUGACCAGUAUCCACUCAGCUGUGUGGGUUUUGUGUUAUUGUGGCCUGGCAUGGUGUUCCGGACAGGGCAGUGCAUUCAGCAGGUUGGAACUGAGUACCAGAGAAGAGGAUACACCAAAAUACUCUUAGGUGCUCUUGCUCACCUAUGCACACACCCCUCUCACAGAAACCUGCUCACAUCUGUGUGACUUACCUAGUAGACACCUAGUUGCCUUAUGGGCCUUAGGGACCAGAGACUUAUAAAAUGCCAGAGCAGAAAGAAACCUUAUCCUCAUCUUCCAGUACAAGUCUGUCAUUUUAGAGAUGGGAGAACAGGUCCCUUAGAAGUAAAGUUCCUUGACUAAAGUAACAACUGUUUAGAGGCUGGACUAAAAGCAUUCUCACCUGACUUUCAGGUUAGUUAGUGCUCUUUCUAGUAUACAAAAGCUGCCUCUCAAUCUAGAGUCAGUGAGGGUCAGAAUGUGUCUAACAAGAUAUGAAGCAACUGUUUGCCAUCAGUUUUACUAAUCCUGACAAAUGAGACCCAACUUAGCUGCCUCAGUCUGCCCAGAGGUUUGGGGUGCAAGUUCUAAUGCUCCUGAGCUUUGUGGUAGCCAAAAACAGGACAGAAUCAAUUUGCAGAGUAGGGGAUAUAGGCUGAAUCUGAGUAGACUCUGGAAAAUGAUGGUCCCUCCUACUUCACCCAGGGAAAUUACUUUAGAAGACUUGGGUGGAGCUGGUGGGGAAAGGUAGCUAAGAGACAUUAUGGGAAGGUCUAUGAAAUUAUGACUUCUUUCAGUUCAAUAAGUGAGAACUUGUUAAGAUCUUAGUUCUUUUUCCACCUCUUUCCAUCUCUUUGGAAAAUAAGACUACAUUUCAUCACUGACACUGGUGACGAACAGCUUCCUGAUUCUGAAACCUGGUGAGAAUCUCUGUGGCUGACUUAGGGUCCCUGCCCUUAGCACUCAUAUAUGGAAUAGACAAGGAGAGAAGUCUUCUGGAGGUUGGAGACUCAAAGAUUAUGCCGAAGAACAGUUUGGAGUGAUGUUUGGCUAUGAAGGUCCCUGAAAGCUUGGUGCAGAACUGAGGGAAGAAUCCAAGCAGCUGCCCACAUCAGCCAUCUCUCUGUCUUGUUUGGGAUGGUCAGGGAGGGUGACUGAGAAGACAGCUCUGGACACAAGAAGCAAGAAACUUUAAGAGUUUGCAAUACUGGAAUAGCACCAUCUGGCCAAUUCUGCCAGGGACUGGCUUCUAGAACCUAUAACACAUGAUUCUAGGGUAGUGGUAGCUAGUUUUGGGUUCCUCCUGAGUGUUUGUGCGUGUGUAUGUAUGUAUGUAUGUACACACACAUAUAUGAUUUCCCUAUGCCAAUGCUUGAGUGCAUAUUCCAGACUUCAGGCAAGCAAUGAACAGAUCUUACUUAUCACCUAGUUUCUCCUCCUCCCCUUCUUCCUCUUUUUCCUCCUCCUCAUCUCACCAUCAUCCAAGCUACAUCCUUCUCCUUGAUCUAGCUAUCCCUAUUACAGGUGCUACUCAGGUCUCCCACCUCACUUUUGUUAGUCAUGGGUGGUUUGGCUAUUCUGAUAUCACUUAGAUUACUUACCAUUAGAUCUUAUUUGUGGCCUUUCUAAUGUUAUCAUCAUUUGCCUGACAGAUGUACUGUGCUCCUUAGCUCUCCAGAGAUUUAUGGAAGGCCAUUUGAUUUUAUACCUUUGGUGUUUAACCCUCUAAUCAUUGCCAACCUACCUCUGUUGCCUUCCAAAAUGGAGAUUUUAGGAUUGAUAUAGAAAUCCUUUUUCCUUCCCCACUCUGCCACACUUUCCCCUGAAACUCCAGUCUCAUUCAAUAUUAGUGGGAAUCUAGUCCCAGAGACAUUCCAAUCCUAGAGGCCAGAAUCAUGCAUGAGUCUUCUCAGCCUGAACGGUUCCAAAGACAAGUUCACUGGCCAUUUCCCCUGAGACCCUCGCGUUGGCUCUUGGUGCAGACUUUCCAGGGCUGCUUGCUGAACAUGACCUACUAAGUCUCCAGCUGGACUGACUUAGGAAGGCAGCUAAGCAGCAACUGGCUGGGGCAGACUUGUAGUUUGGGGAGACUUGCCUCCAUGCAGUCAUUCUGGUUGCCACACAGUGUGGGUUUUUUUUUUUACUAAUCUGCUUUUCUGAAUAAAGUUUUGUUCAUAUUUCAUA